CUCGUGUCUUCUCUCCGAAUCUCGCGGCAUCUCGCGAUAAGUGGACGCUUGAAACGCGCCCAUGAUGCUUUGCGGUCCCUCUUUCUAGCCGGCGCCUGAGAAUGGGUAUCUCAAGGGACAACUGGCACAAACGCCGUAAGACCGGCGGCAAGCGAAAACCUGUCCACAAGAAGAGGAAGUAUGAGCUGGGACGACCUCCAUCAAACACAAAGCUUGGCCCAAAGCGCAUCCACACAGUGAGGGUUCGUGGUGGGAAUAAGAAAUACCGUGCACUCCGUCUGGAUGUGGGCAACUUCUCCUGGGGCUCAGAGUGCUGCACCCGUAAGACCAGGAUCAUCGAUGUGGUCUACAAUGCCUCCAACAAUGAGCUGGUCAGGACCAAAACCCUGGUGAAGAACUGUGUGAUCCUGGUGGACAGCGCCCCCUUCAGGCAGUGGUACGAGUCUCACUAUGCCCUGCCUCUGGGACGCAAGAAGGGAGCCAAACUGACCCCUGAGGAGGAGGACAUCCUGAACAAGAAGAGAUCGAAGAAGGUGCAGAAGAAGUUUGACAAGCGCAGAAAGAACAGCAAGAUCAGUCCUCUGUUGGACGAGCAGUUCCAGCAGGGCAAGCUGCUCGCAUGCCUUUCUUCCAGGCCGGGACAGUGUGGUAGAGCUGAUGGCUACGUUCUGGAGGGAAAGGAGCUGGAGUUCUACCUGAGGAAGAUCAAGGCCAAGAAAGGCAAAUAAAUGUACAGCUGUUUGAUACGACGCCAUUAAACUGAAACCCACCCAC